GGUAAUCCUGUCCAGCAGGGGGGCAACGUGUCCAACUUUUCUCAGAUAUUUAGUCAGCUACCUCAUGUGUUGUGCUUCAGUGAAACCUAAACCCACCCCAGCGCGGGGGACUGAAACUUUGGUGCAAAUGUUGUCUAGUGAAACGGGUGUUGCAGACUGAACUGGCAACCGCGAGUCCCGGGGCAGGUCCUUCUGCCAUUGGGUCGCCUAGAAUCCGGAGGCUGAGGUUUGUGUGGACAUUUCUGGGAAAGCCUCCAAAGCUCCGUUUUGCCAAGGAGGACCUGGGAAGAAGGACAGCCGCAUUUUCCUGUACAGACUCAGGUUUCUUUGCAUUUUCUCGGAGAUUCCUGCGUCCUGCGCCCACAAGAUCCCCUCUCAGUUUGCUGGAAAUAAAUAAUGCCCAGGGAUUAUGUGUUUGUAGGUUCAGUUAUUAGGAUGUAAACCUAAGAGUGAGCAUACUUUGGAGAAGACUUUUCGCCGAAAUACUUUCACUAGUGGCUGAGGAUUUAUCUCACAGUUUUGGAUGUCUGUAUAACAGAGAGGGUCUGAUCUCCUGGGAUUAUACUUAAAAACGGAAGUGUUGCUGUGAUGAAGUUGUGGAUGUAACCGUUUACGCACAGAAAUUCUCUUUGUCUGACAAAUAAAGAGCAGACAGUGAAGUGUACCUCCUCGGCAGAGGGCAUGCUCUGAAACAGAUCUCUGGCUGACUGUUGUGUGCCGAGCCUGCACGCUGCAUGUCUUCAUCUGGAAUUAAUUGAUUAACAACCUCAAAUGCGCUAAAGACGCGGCAGGAUCGCGGCUCCACCACUGGAUCAGUAUCUUCCCCUCAGUGAGUGUUUAGCCUACUUUAUCUGACAUCUCGCCAGAAUGCGGAGGGCGUUUGUGCUCAGUUUAGCUCUGAUAUAUCUGCUAACCUGGACAGGUGAAGCCGACAAACACACUCACCUCAAGCGGGUGCAGCUGAACAGACGCACAAGACAGGGACGUGCGCAGUUGGGCGCAACGGACAAAGAGCGCCUCGUCAAGCGUGUGCGCCCCGGGUUUGCUGCGGCAAUCUCGGUGCACGGCUCCAGGAAGGAGGGAGAUGUGCAGGCGGACGAGGAUGUUCCAGCGUCCGGCAAGCGAGCAGAACGUCGGGGUCUAGCGCCAAGGAGAGGGGCGGUCGGACAGAUUGGCUUGCCCCGUCAGCCGGAGAUGCUGCAAGAUGAGGGCGCCCCAGGAGCCAGAGCCAGGGUCAUCCGAAUGCCCAGCAACGCUGGGUCACCAAAUCUGCUGGCCAGUUUCGCAGGGAAGAACCGCGUCCUGGUGAUCUCAGCGCCUCAUGAUUCUGACGGCUACUACAGACUGAUGAUGUCUCUCCUGAAACCAGAUGUGUACUGCGAGCUCGCCGAGCGACACGUGCACCAGAUUGUCAUGUUUCACCAGGAGGGAGAGAUGGGGGGCAAGGUGAGGAGGAUCACCACCGAGGGGAAGGUGAUGGAGGAGCCGCUGGACACGGCACUCAUACCCAGACUCAUGAGCUUCCUCAAACUGGAGAAAGGUAAAUUUGGGAUGGUGCUGCUGAAGAAGACCCUGCAGGUGGAGGAGAGGUACCCCUACCCUGUGAGGCUGGAGGCCGUGUAUGAGGUGAUUGACCAGUCGCCCAUGAGGAAGCUGGAGAAGCUCAGACAGAAAGGUUUCGUCCAGAAGUGUAAAGGAGCAGGUGUGGAGGGCCAAGUGGAGGAGGGCACUCUCACAGUAGAUACACCAGUAGAAAGAAAACCAGGCAAGAAGAUCCCAAGAAAGCCCACAACAACAACAACAACAACAACAACAACAGCUGCAACAACCACCACCACAACAACUACACGGCCAACCACAACAACAACCACCACCACCACAACUACAACACACCCCACCACCACCACUACAACCAGAGCCACAACAACCACAACUAAAGCCACAACCACCACCAAACCCACCACUACCACCACCAGAAGAACCACCACAAAACGACCCACCACCACCACCACUACCACUACCCAGAGACCAACCAGAGCCCACAGCACAGCCCCGUGGCUCCCAGCCCCCAGAACCACUGCUGACCCUUACUACAACCGAAGAGAGAGGGAGAGGUACCCGGCUAAAACCACCCCAGCUGGAGAUAACCGCACUGACAAGGACAACAGAGAUCCACACAGCCGCAAGCUGGUACCUGCCACACAUAAACCCUCCAGGGUCAAACCCACCAGGAAGAAGAAUGGGGGAGAGAAGGUGCUGACUAAUGAGUAUGAGGACAAGUAUGAACCCAGCAAGCCAACAGUCAGUGAUCCAGAGGAGACUGAAACCUUCACUGUCAUUAGUCCCACCAAGAAGGUCAAGGGCAAGCAUGAUAAGCUUGACAAGAAGAAGAAAAAGAACGACAAGGCCACCAAGAAAGCCGACAGGAGAGGAGGCAAGGUCGGGAAAGAGGGGAAGAUCGGGGGAAAGAAAAAUGGAAAGAAGCUCUCAAAGUACCCUGAGAAAGAGGAGUACCCCAAGCCCACUAAAAGGCCAACGCCCCCUCCGAAGGGAUCCCUGACCUCCUUCCUGGACUACUUUGAGAACAGGAGACGGCUGCUGCUGAUUACGUCCCCCAGUGAGGAGAACAGUAUGUAUGUUCAGCAGAGAGAUGAGUACCUGGAGUCUGUGUGUGAAAUGGCCAUCAGGAAAGUCUCCAUCAUCACCAUCUUUGGCUCCCUGACCAACUCCACCAUGAAGAUUGACCAUUACCAGCUAGAAAAUGACAAGCCUAUGAAGGGUCUCCGUCAGGAGGACCUGGUGAACCAGGAUCUGAUUACAGAGCUGAGGAAGGAGUUCAGCAUGACAUAUGAUGACUUCUACAUGGUCCUCACCGACACUGACAUGAGAGUCAAGCAAUCCUAUGAGGUUCCUAUCGCAAUGAAGGCGGUGUUCGACUACAUCGACACCUUCUCCUCCCGCAUCCGAGAGAUGGAGCAGCAGAAGAGAGACAGGGUUGUUUGUAAGAAAGAGGAUAAGCCCAGAUCGUUGGAGAACUUCCUCUCCAGGUUCCGUUGGAGACGCCGCCUGUUCAUCAUCUCAGCCCCCAACGAUGAAGAGUGGGCCUAUCAGCAGCAGCUUUAUGGCCUGACCAGCCAGGCCUGCAACCUUGGUCUGAGGCACAUUGCCAUUCUGAAGUUGGUCGGCACAGAGCCACCGGAUAUGGGCGGAGUCUUGGAGCUCUAUCCUAUAAAUGGGAGCGCCACCGUGGAGCGCGAAGGGCUGUCGGCCACCCUGGUGAAGGACAUGAGGAACUACUUCCAGAUCAGCCCAGAAUACUUCUCCAUGCUGCUGGUAGGCAAGGACGGCAACGUCAAGUCCUGGUACCCUUCCCCCAUGUGGUCCAUGGCUAUCAUCUAUGACCUGGUAGACUCUAUGCAGCUACGCAGACAGGAGAUGGCCAUCCAGCAGUCGUUGGGUAUGCGCUGCCCCGAGGACGAGUACGGUGGCUACGGCUACCAUCAGCAUGGAUACGAACACGGCUACCAGGACGGCUACCACCAGGGCUAUGGUUAUUAACUUGUCCAUCUGCCUUGUAGCUGGUGCUUAUGCCUUUCACCCAUAACCUUUUUUAAUCUUUCUUACCCAUCCUCCAGCGGGCAGUUGGCUCAGAUGGAGUGAGGUCCUCGAAUGUUUUGUAGCACUUAGUGAAAGCCUCAAAACCUGUUGCUUUCACCUAUCCAGUUCUUUGAUAUACAUAGCACAGUAAUGGUAAUUUGCAAGGGGCUUUAAUCAGAGCCGGUUAGUCAGUGUGUGAUGUGUAGACGGAGGUUCAGGGAUCUGUACUUAGUUUUAUGGAUUUGUUAUUACCGACUUCAAACAAAGAGUGUUUUUGAACGUUAUUAUAUUAUCGGUCUCCUUCACUUGCCUUCCAGGUCAAACUGACAUAUUUGUGUUAUCAGCACAGACCUUUAUUUUGUAGAUAACGGGCUAAAAUAAGACAUAUAUGUAUUUAUUGGACAUCUGUCGCAUUUGAGGUGCAGUUAUGAAAAGAAGCUGUCAUAUUAUUUCUCUAUUGUAAAGUUUCUGUUGCUACACAAUGUUCUUAUUUAUACUCUGUUGUGCUAUAUGACAAAUAAACAUUUGUUUACUACCA